UUGCACUUGCCGGGAGCUCAGAGGGACAGGCUGUGGAGACUGUGGAGUAGGAGGAGGUUGUUGCUGAGGGUAGCGCUUGGAACGGGGAGCGCGGCACCUCUGCAGGCUAAGUGUCUGCGAAGAUUAGCAUUGGACGGGGAGAGGAAAAGGGGCGGAGGAAAGGGGGAAAGGAAGCAGGGAACAAAGGAACAAGAGGUAACGAGAGAAGCGGGGAGAGAGGUGAAGGAAAGGAGGGUGAGCGAGAACGAGAGGGAGAGAAAAAGUGAGAGGAAGGAGGAGGGAGAGAGGAGGAGUGAGGGAGGGAAGAAAAAGUGAGGGUACAAGAAAGAGAGCGAGGGGAGGAAAGAUUUGAGGGAGAAAAGGAGUUGUCAAGCACUAGAAUCAGCUGGCCAACAUGCUCUUCCCAUUACUCUACACUCUAGCUACAGCAGCUUUCGGAGGCGCGGUGCUGCGGUUGCUGCUGAGGCAGGAGCUAAAGGUGGGGCUGGAAAUUGCUCUGGCUCUCCUGCUCCUACUCCUUUUCGAGCCCCUGUGCUACAAGGUGAUGCCUGGCUAUCUCGGCUUUUGUCUCUUCUCCCUGGCUUGUCUGCUCGCCUACUGGAAACUGCCCAUGUCCGGGUUGCUACCUGUCCAGGAAAAGGCUGUUCUCAUCACAGGAUGUGAUUCUGGAUUCGGUCACGCACUGGCAAAAUACCUCGAUGAACUAGGCUUCACUGUAUUUGCUGGUGUUCUCUUCCUCAAUGGGCCUGGUGCUCAGGACUUGAAGAGGUAUGGGUCAGACAGGCUCACGGUGCUGCAGAUGGAUGUCACAAAUUCACAGCAGAUAUCUCAAUCCUUUGAGUCUGUAAAAGCUCAGGUAGAGGACAAAGGAAUCUGGGGUAUUGUAAACAAUGCUGGAGUACUAGAAAUACUAGUUGAUGCAGAACUUAUCCCCAUGAACACUUAUAAACGCUGCAUGGAGGUGAAUUUCUUUGGGGCUGUGGAAGUCACUAAAGUAUUUCUUCCACUACUUCGGCAAACCAAAGGCAGGCUCAUUUGCAUCUCAAGCCUUGCAGGAAGUGUACCAUUUAUGAGGAAUGUAUCAUAUAAUGCCUCAAAAGCUGCUUUAAGCAUGUUUUUCAAUACUUUGAGAUACGAACUUGCCAUCUGGGGAGUUAAAGUGGUCAUCAUCCAACCAUCUGGCUUCAAAACAGGUAUCUUUGGCACCAUUGACCAAUGGAACCAACAGCACACGAAAAUCUUCCAACAGCUCUCUCCUGAAGUUAGAAAAGAUUAUGGUGAAAGCUAUCUAAAUUUACUCAAAGAACAGUACACUGCUUUUCAGAGUCAUGUAUCUGAUACUCUGCAACCUGUUCUGAAGGACAUACUCACUGCACUGUUGGCAAACAACCCCAGGAGGUUAUAUACACCUGGGUUAGGCGCAUUCUUGAUCCCGUUCCUCUACCACAAUUUUCCCACCUUUAUCUCUGAUUUUCUUAUUUUUCAGCUAUUUGACCUGAUUCAGAAUGUGCCAGAUGGAGCUAAACAAAAAGGAGUCUAUCAAUAGCUGCCAUCAGCCUACUCUACAGUAAGCACAGAUGUGUACAUUCUACUAAUAAAACAAUUUUUCCUCGCAUCUAUCUAUUUUAUGUACAUAAAAUCCUGAGCAAACCAGACACAUUUGCUCUGUUCAACAGACAGUAUCCCAGAGACUUUCAUAAAUGGCUAUAAACUGCCUACAACAUUUCUCUAAUGCCCCUGUUACCGCUGCCUCAGGAGAAAAAGGUUCUCUGUAAAUUAACCAGAGUCCCAGAUUCUUGUAUGCUUGUUUUAUAUCCAAAUAACAGACUUACCAAUUUCUACUCUACAAAUUAAAAAUAACUUGCAGCUUGAUUAACAGACUAUGAAACUUUGCAAUUCACUGAAUACAGACCCGGAAUUAAUAAUAUUUUGUUCAUUUCAAACAAAUAUGGUUAUUUGAUUAUGCAGAAAAAUGUUUUUACAAGUUAAUUGUAUAUUUUACACAUUGUAUAAUCUUUCCUAGACAUUGUAAUGAAAGUAGAUUUUUAUUCAAGGCUAAGGGAAAUAUUUUGGCAUAUUUAAUCUCUUGUCAUCAGGAUUAUUUUUCAAUGUAACUAAAAUAAUUCCUAUUUGUACUGUAAUUCAUUAUCUAGGUGAUGUUGCUUUGAUGACAAAUCUGUCAUCUUUUUCACAGUUGCUUAAGAAAAUAAUUUGCUAUCAAGCAUCAAGCUCAUGCCAUUAAUAUUUAAUUUCACAAUGUAAAAGAACAGAUACAAAACUCAGUAGCCAAAGAAAAAAAAAUUGAUACUGAAACUGCACGAGAUGUUAUGAAGUUGGCUGUCUAGUAUCUAGAAUCAGUGCUAAAACAAUGUUUUAAAAUAGAGAGUGAAACAACAUCUCACACUCCAGGACUAUCAGUCCCCUAGGUAGAAGGUUAGGAAACAGAAGUUAAUGAAUGAAGAUGUUCAGCAAAAAAAUGAAAAAUGGAGAAACUAUUUUAUGCCUCUGGCACUUGGGAUCUGCAACACACUACCAAAGAUAAUGGUGGAGGCACAUUCUGUUGUGUUCAUACAGGACCUGGAUGAUUAGACAAAAUUUGCAGGAAUAUGUAGAGAGGAUUGGGAAUGUAUCUAGUUGGAUUGCUCUUACAUGAAGCAUGUAUGGACUUAGUGGAUCAAAUAUCCCCAACCAUCCUGCAAUGAAUCUGUGAUUCUGUAUACUCUGAAAACUUUGCAUUAUUUUUAAUUAGCAUUAAGGAACACAGGGUUUUUUUUUGCAUACAUUCUAUAAAUGUUUGCAUUCUAGCCAAUCUUGAUCUCAGGUCUCAAAAGAUAUCACAUGGUGCUUCUGAUGUAAAUCAGUACUAACCACAAUGGAGUUUGUUAAUAAUCUCUGCUUGUGGAAUGCACUUGACCUCUAGAGAAUUUCAAAUCACUUUAAUUGGAUCUGAGAACUGGCUCAUCUAUUACCUCUCUUCUUGUUCACUCAGGAAGAUUUCCCUUAUUGGAAUUUCAGUACUGCUACACCUUUAGUUUUAGUGGGAUUUAGCAUGUUACUUUAGUUUGUAUUUCUGUGUUAUUAAUGAGCAAGCAAACUUACCAAAUACUAUGUAUAACUAGGGUGCUUAAGACUUUUGUCAUGUCCUUUGUUGGAAAAAUAUUGGAAAGAUAUUUUUGAUAUUAUUUCAACGGUUUUGAAUACAGACUUACAACCUCAUCCAAUUACUGCUAUUUUUGGAUUACCAAUGAUAGACUCAAAUCAUUUAACCUCUUCAGCACGCUGGAUGAUUGCAUUUCUUACUUUAAUGGCUAGAAGAUCCAUUUUGCUGAAUUGGUUUAUGACCCCUCCAUUAAAUUUGAAAAAACUUGGAGGUCAUUCAUUCAGCAUUUUCAUUUGAUGGAAUUUGACCAUUUCCAGACUUAUUUUACUUCUCUGUACUGUUGGUUGAGAGGAAUGGAGUCAUUGACACUAAGGUUUUCUUCUCUUCCAUUUUUACGUUGUUAGAAUUGCCCAUGUCUUUUUAGUUUAGUUGACUAAUUCUGUUUAGUUUAGUUUUUUUGGGGGAGUGGGGUUUGUUUUUUUUUCUUUUUUUUUUCUUUUUCAUGAUUUUUCUCCAGUUUUUUUUUUGUCCUGUAUUAUUCAUUGUUAUCCUACACGAUUGGGAGUUUUGUCAAUUUAUACUAUUUGGUUUUAUAAUUACUCAUUUUAAGUAUAACAAUGUAUCUCCAACUAUUUGUAUUAUUGCUAUGUUAUGUUUAUAUUUUAUGAAACUAAUUAAAAAGAUUGAAAAAGAAAGAAAGGCUUUAGCACAGUACUGUAUUUGUCAAUGUGGAGCAGAGAGUGAGUUUGUAAAUCUGGUGGGAGCAAAGGAUAUUGAGAAUGGUGAGGGUGGAGUGCCAUGGGUUGGGUUGGGAUAGGUGGCAGAGAAGGAGUGCCAGGGUUGGGUGGUGAUAUGGGUGCAGACACACCCAGCUCUGAGACACCAGGCAAGAUCAUUUGAUUCCAAACAAUUGGUUUAUUGAGCAUUAUAGAAAUUCACUCUGGUGCUUCCUGCUCCCUCCCCUCUUCCUUCCCCUUUUCCCAACUAUAAUUCCCCUCUCCCUGCCCCCUUUUCACUCUUAGACACUCUGUCCACAAUAGAGACCCAUAUCAGAAUCAGAUUUACCAGAUUUUUCUGUGGCUACAGUAUAGUGCAAUGCAUAAAAUUACAAAAGUACUGUGUGAAAGUCUUAGGCCCAUAUAUAUAACUAGGGUGCCUAGGACAUUUGCACAGUACCAACUGCUUGCAAUCAAAUAACUUUGCCUGGUGUCUCAGGGCGGGUGUGCUUUCACCCACACCACCCCUGUCCCUGGCAUUCCUUCUCUGCCACCCGUCCCACAUCUCUCUGUAACACUCCAUUCUCACCAUUCCCAACA